CUUCUACCACUUAUGAGGCAGAGUGAGUGAGAGAAAGAGAGAGGGCAGAGGGAAGAAGAAACGAGAAAGAGAUGAAGACUAGAGAGGAAACGAGUGAAUGAGCGAUGGACAGAAAGUGACCCGGCCAAAGGAGUCAAAGCGAGUUUAAAGAGGAGAAUUUGACCUUGCUGUGUUGUGUCCCCAGGUCAGUGGACUUACCGGGGGGAUAAUGUCCAAACCUUCGUCCAACGUCAAGGCCCUUCAGGCUAAUUUGAACAUCCCGAUGGGAGCUCUGCGUCCAGGGGCGGGGCAUCCUGUGAAGAGGAGAGAGGAGACAGUGGACACAGAAGAGGCUCAGGCUCAAACACCAGACCAGCCCAGCGCUGCAGCACAGACAUCGGAGGAGAAGAAGACGUUACCGGGAGCGGUGAAACUUCCCGGACCUGCUGUCAACCUAUCAGAGCUGCAGAAUGUGAAGAGUGAACUAAGAUGGGUCACCAAGGAGUAACAUGAUCCUGAGCGAGGCGGAGACGAAGGCAGAUAAUCCUCAUACACACAGACUUGCCCACUGCCAUUGAAGACUACCAAUCAGUCUAAUCCGCACGUUUGGAAAUAAAGCAACAGCUUUCUGUGAAGCCAACAUCUGACCACCAAGAAGCUCUUCAGCAAUCAGUCCUCCAAUAGAUUGUUACGGAAAAAAAACAUCUAUAUUUAUGUAGUUAUCUUAAUUUUCAAAAAAGAUGAGUGACUUAAGAACUUGUACAAACAGCAACAACCAUCUGGUUCAAGUUUUUCUGGCUUGUUUUUGCUGCAGGUUUUAGGAAAAGUGAGUUUAGUUGUUUUAUUUUCAGCAUUUUCUUUGCUUUUCUUGUUUUAAGGAUUUUUUUAAGGUCUGAAAGCUGCUAGAGCCUGAUUUAGUGCUGUUUUUAUAAUAGACAUCAGUUUAAAAAAUCCAUUUCACUACAGCAGGAUUCGACCCUCAGUUUGACCAUUCUGUAAACACAUAAGGAUUUGUAUGGAUGCUUUCCAUUAUAACGUUUCAAUGAAAAUUAUAAAUGGGAUGAAAAGGUAUUCAUUGAAUUUUAUUUGGGGGUAAAGGUGGGGGCAUUAUUUUGUUUUUGUUGUUUUAUUGGUAUGAAAGAACCUAGAAACUGGUUUAGCCAGUAUUUGUUGCAAUAAACAAGAUGGUUAUAAAAAAUGA